AUGAAUUUUGAGAAUACAAAUCUUGGAAGUAUAUAUCUUGAGGAUAUAAAUCUUAAUGAUAUAAGUCUUAAAAAUAUAAAUUUUAAAGAUAUGAAUCUUAGAGAUACAAGUUAUUGGAGUACAAAUUCUGAAAA